CUUAGUCUGUGCGAAACAAUGAUCAAAAGAACAUUCUUAGUUAUAAUUAUAGGUUUUUCCAUCAGUUCGGCUCAAUUUGUUACACAGUUUGGACCUCCUGGCCCACCAGGUCCCCCAGGGCCGCCGGGACAACGAGGUCCAAAAGGCGAAGUUGGUGAUCGUGGUGAUGAUGGUAUACCGGGAGCUCUAGGUUCUAAGGGUACAACAGGAAGGCGAGGUCGCACUGGUGCUCCUGGUGCAGUCGGACUUCCUGGAUCACCUGGUAUUAAAGGACCACGUGGCUAUGACGGAGAGCGUGGACUAGAAGGACCGCCUGGUCCUGCCGGUCCACCUGGGCCACCAGGCCCAACAGGUGUAGCGGCACCUGCAGCUAGACGAGGUGAGCCCUUGUUUGGUAAAAGAGAUUAUGGUUCUGGGGAAGGUGGAACAGACAUUGGGAUAAAUUCGCCGGAGGAAAUAAAAACAGAUGAUACCGACAUGAACACAGGCGGUAGUGAAACAUUCAAUCAAGAAGGUAAUGUAGGAACUAUAGAUUUUGGUGUCGAAGCUGCAUAUGGUGGAACCGCCACAAGUCAAGAUACUCCAACUGAAAAUUUGGUUUUUGGAACUCAAUUUACUAUUAACAAUUCAUAUGAUCCAAAUAUACUUUAUAAUAGAGAUCGUAAGCGUGGGGUCCUUCGUAAUUUUUCCAAAAAAAAAAUCGACCCUCCUAGAUUAUUUCAUCGACCUCACUGGCACAACCGUGCAAUGGGGCGAAAACGUUAUGGUGAAUUAUAGAAUUGUACUAAAAUAUAAAUAUUUUGAAGAAAUGGAUUUCAAAGGCAAAUGCCUUUGAUACUACUAUAACAAUAAAACAGUCUUAUAAAGCAAUUUA